UUGAUCUCUCCUAGGACAAUGGCGGGCAGGUUCCAAGGAAACGGCUCUUCGGCGAGUCUGACGGAGUUGUCGGAGCUGCGGCGGCGCUACGCCAGCGACGACUCCGACCAGAAAGUAGAGCUGCUGAUGGGAGCUUACAGACACGACGACGGGCUGCCGUGGGUGCCCCCGGCGGUGCGCCUGGCGGAGCAGCAGCUGCAAGAGGACGCUCCCAGCGACCACCAGUACAUGCCCUUCCUGGGAGACAAGGAGUUCCGGCUGCUCGCCAGCCGCGUGGUGCUGGGCCAGAACUCGCCGGCGCUCCUGGAGGGCAGGGUGGUGUGCGCACAGACGCUGGGAGGCACCGGCGCGCUCAGCAUGGGCGCCCGGUUCUUGCACCAGGUGCUCAACUGCCGCACCAUCUACUUCUCCUCGCCCACGUGGCAAAUCCACGAGUCGGUGUUCACGGCGGCCGGGUUCCGGGACGUGAGGCACUACCGCUACUGGAGCGCCUCCGGGCUCAGCCUGGACUUCAGAGGCAUGAUGGAGGACCUGGAGGCGGCUCCCCGGGACUCGGCGGUGCUGCUGCAGGCGUGUGCGCACAACCCCACCGGCAUGGACCUGUCGCGCGACCAGUGGCGCCGGGUGGCCGAUCUCGUGCAGGAAAAGAAGCUGUUGCCUUUCAUGGACUGCGCCUACCAGGGCUUCGCCUCGGGCGACUUGGACAACGACGUGUGGCCGGUCAGGUACUUCGUGGAGCGGGGCAUCGAGUUCCUGUGCGCCCAGUCGUUCUCCAAGAACAUGGGACUGUAUGACGAGAGGCUGGGUUGCCUGCUGGUGGUCGCGAGCCACGCUGCCAGCUGCCCGCACGUCGUGUUCCACCUGGAGCAGAUCGAGCUGGCAGCGUACCUGACCGUACCGAGGCACGGCAGCCGGACCGCCGCCAGGAUCCUGCGCGACGCGGAGCUGUGCCAGCAGUGGAAGCGGGACAUCGCGGCCAUGUCUGGCCGGGUGCGGCGCAUGCGCGAGGAACUGCGACGUGGCCUGGAGGAGGUUGGCGCGCCUGGGUCGUGGAGCCACAUCACGGACCAGAUCGGCAUGUUCUCCUACACCGGCCUGUCGCCGGAAGCGGUGAAACACAUGGUGAACGACUACCACGUCUACAUGCUGUCGAGCGGCCGCAUGAACAUGUGUGGCGUCACGAGCCACAACGUGUCGUAUAUCGCCACAGCGAUCCGCAACUCCAUCCUACGCGCAACGUCCGGGGAUGCUAAGCACCUGAACGGCUUGUCCGCCAGCAAUAAAAAGCUCCAGAACGGAACGUCCGCCGGCGACGCUAAGCAUCUGAACGGCAUGUCCCCUGGCGACGCUAAGCACCUGAACGGCAUGUCCACUGGCGACGCUAAGCACCUGAACGGCAUGUCCACUGGCGACGCUAAGCAUCUGAACGGCAUGUCCACUGGCGACGCUAAGCAUCUGAACGGCAUGUCCACUGGCGACGCUAAGCAUCUGAACGGCAUGUCCACUGGCGACGCUAAGCAUCUGAACGGCAUGUCCACUGGCGACGCUAAGCAUCUGAACGGCAUGUCAACUGGCGACGCUAAGCAUCUGAACGGCAUGUCAACUGGCGACGCUAAGCAUCUGAACGGCAUGUCAACUGGCGACGCUAAGCAUCUGAACGGCAUGUCAACUGGCGACGCUAAGCAUCUGAACGGCAUGUCAACUGGCGACGCUAAGCAUCUGAACGGCAUGUCAACUGGCGACGCUAAGCAUCUGAACGGCACGUUCAUGAGCAUCCCGUCAACGACCGAAAUCCAACAAAAUGGUACCAGUUUGGGCGUAGCCAAGAAUAAUGUGAACUACAUUUUCAAUAAACUUCCCAAUGGGGUAUAUAUACCAUAAUGGCCAUGCUUGAGAGGCAAAAGGCAUGGCAACUGCUAGUACUUACCUAUGUACAUUUCAAAAAAUCAUUAUUUAUUUACAAACAUGUAUACCACUACCUCGCUAUAUUUCUCUGUUUUAUUUUUUUAUUUUUUAAAGAAGACUGAUAGGGGACUUAAGGGUGUUUUUUAUUGUUAGAAAAGACAAAAAAAUUUUUUUAGCAAAAAUUUUAUCUAAAUGGACUUUUUUUUAACUUAGAAGGCUUCAAAUGUGCUAUUUUAUGUGUAAUUUAUAAUCUAAGGCACUAUAAAAAAUAUAUUUUUCAAGAGCAACCUCCAAUCCAGCUCAGACCCUGCAUUAAGAAAGCCAUAUUCUAAUAGCACCUUGCAAUGUGUGUGUUGUGUAUGUGACACAUCAUUAUGAAAAAUGUAUGCAGUUUAUGUUAGGUUGAACGUGUAAAUGCACAUACAUAUCAUUUGACAUCCAGUGAAUGUACAACAUGAAAGGUCAUUUUUUAUUCAUGGUCCUUAGACAUAGACUUGUUAUUUACUACUGUAUAUAUUUAUGCACUGUUGUGAAAGAAAUAUAUUUAUUUUCAUAACUAAAA